AUUCAAAAAAAAUAUAACUUACAUUUUUAAUUUAAAUAACGAAAAAACUACCCAAGCACUGUGAUUACAAAAACAAAAUACCAAAAAAAUUAGAAAAUACCAAGAAAAAAUCAAACAUAAAAUACUUUCGCCAAACCAAAAGAAAAGUCAAAACUAUUCCCAUAAACUAUUAAACUAAUUUUUAAAUAAAACAAAUGUAAAAAAGCUAAACAAAUUCCACAAUCAACAAAGCAACAAAUAAGAACCAACAAACGUCGCACAACAAUACUAAGCUCAAAGUUAAGUAACGGAGAAAAAACGAGCACAAUAAAGCACAACCGAACAAUUAAAUUCAGUUUUACGCCAUCGUUUUUCACACGAACGAAUCAGAAGUCAAAUCAAAGCAAAAAUAUUUGGUUAUUACAUAACCAAAGGAACGUUUGGUUUGCCUUAAGUUCACUCGAACAGAAUUGCAGGCAAUUCCGGCGCAGGGAAAUUAUUUCCCUCCAACAAAUUAGCCGCAAUCAUAAUUAAAACGAACCCGCUCAAGCGCACCGACUAACGCCGACAGUAUGGGCAAUACGCAAACAAACAAUAGCGCGCCAGCUCAUGAGCCGCAAACGCCGACAAAUGGCGCAGGUGGUGGCACUGGUGGCGGCGCUGGUGGCACGCUGAAGAGUCGUCGCGGCAGUCGAGUCAAAGUUUUUGCACGUUUCAGCCAAAGGAAACAAGCAACGCAGCAACAGCCGACAGCGUCCGCAUCGAAGGAGGCCAUCGUCGCCACACCCACAUCGACUUCCGCUUACGAUGACUCGAUCGAGGAGGAGCUGCUGAUGCUACGCCAAAGUCAUGCGUCUGUGAUAAGGCAAUUGGAGGAUGAACAAAUGGAUUUUCACCCCAUAUCACCGCGUAGCAUUGGCGAACAGCAACAGCAACACAGUGCAGAGACAGCAGCAAAUGAAUCGGACAAACGUACACACUUACGCACAUACAAUCGUUUGGCAGCGCGUGGCCUCAACGAUUUGCCAACGCUUAUCAAAGAUCGACCGAUCAGCGAGAUCAGCAUAACAUCGGCCGAUACUUCGGGCAUACUCUCGCCGACAACAGCACGUGCUGUGCACGAGCUACAGCGUCGCCAUCGCGCCGAUAAGGUAGCCCAUUUGUCCGUCUCACAAACGACAUACUUGGAAUUAGUGCCCGAUACGAGUCCCGAGCUCGAGUCGGACAGUCCGGAUGAGCAGAUGGCGUUGCAGCUGGGUAAGAAAUUGGCACAAGUGCUGAGUAGUAGCGGCAGUAGUGGCAGCGCUGCCACAGUGACGCCACAAGAUAAUGCUGCCGUGGGCACUGUGGGCGGCGCGGAUCUCUUCGGUAACCUGGCGAAGACCAAGAAAAUCGAAUUGCAUAAUUUAUCGUCGAGAUUGGGAACGGCAGCAACCACAACGCCAACUGAGGAGAAAACAGAUGCCAGCACAACGAACAGCAAACAGUUGCCGCCUUCGACAGAAACUCAAUCAACCGUUAUAAUUUCGUUUAAAUCAUCGCAAACACCUGUUCAGUCUCAGCAACAGCUACAGCAACAAUCGCCAACACCAGCGACACCGCCUCCAACGACAAGAACGAAACGGGAAACCGCUAGCGUGUCUACCCCAACCACAACCACAGCGACAGCGGCUGCGGCGACUGGCACAGCAUCGGAAGUUGCUGCAUCAACGCCUACGAACGCUACAGCAACAACAACAACUACAACAGCAGGAGCGUUGGCAUCCACAGAAACUGGCGUUCUAACAGCAGCAACACCUUUAACACCCGCCACACCCAGCAACAAUGUACUCAAACGAGUCGCCUCACUCACGGCUGAGAAGGCAGCAGCUACAGCAGCCGCCGCCGCCGCCAACGCUAUUAACGCCAAUGCAAACGGAAGUGCGAGCGCCACCGGCAUGGCCGCGCAUUUGGAGUAUAUCAGCGGCUGUCGGCGUCUAUCUUAUGUGCCGGAGAAGUUAAGCUUCGCUGCGUAUGAAAAGUUCGAAGGUCAAAUGCUAAUGAAAUGGCUGAUUUCAUCGCUGCAACAAUCGGGCAGUAAUCUCAAUGAACAAGACUUGAAUAAUCUAACAAUACAGUAUUGUAACAAUCUAAUCAAUGUGGGUGUGUUAAAGCAGAUCUCCGAGGAAACGGAUAUUAAAAACUUCAGCCCUUAUUAUAUGUAUCAAUGGACCCACACGGAGGCGCCAACCACAUCUGUGCCACUGACACCUGGCCGGUUGGACACAGUAGCCGUUUGGCCGCAUUGCAGUACACCCAGCACAGUGCCGCGCAUACCAAAGGGCGUACAAGUGGAUACCACCACAGGUGAUCUCACAUUUCAACAGAAUCUCCGCAAGCGGCUGCUUGCCUGUGGCAACCUAACCGAAGUGCACACGGUGGUCAACGAGCUGCUCAAUGUUAGCGAAAUGACACGACGUCCAUCUAAGCGCUGCAUUGAACUAACCGAUCUGCUAAAUGCUAGUGAAGCGACUAUUUACGAAAUUGAUAAACCAACAGCAGCGCCAACUGGCGUUAUUCCCAAGCAAUCUCCACAAGAUAUAGCAAUACAGACUGAUGAAAUAUUAGUGACGGCGACAACCACUUGUCCCCUAUGCAAAGUAAAAGCGAAAGAAACCAGUGAUCAAGAAAUACAAACGGAAGCGGAAGUAGCGCCGAGUGCGCCUAAACCUCCACCACCGCCGCCACCCCCAUUCGAUGCAGCACUGGCACCGCCGCCACCGCCACCGCCACCUCCAACAGCGCCAACAUCAACAGCACCGCCACCGCCACCACCUCCUCCUCCGCCAGGCAUGAAUGCACCGGCACCGCCGCCACCACCACCACCAGCGCUCGGAGCUCCAGCAGCCGGUCCACCACCACCGCCACCACCUGCGUUGCCUCCACUAAACGUUUCAGCUGUGCCACCCCCACCUCCACCAGGUGCGCCAAAACCACCUUCCUCCACAACGCCGGCGCCACUGCCGAAUCCAACGGAAGGCUCUUGGUUUCACACCACGAAUACUCUACGAAAGACUGCCGUUAACCCACCCAAACCUAUGAAGCCGCUUUACUGGACACGCAUAGUUACGAACGCACCACUACCUAAACCGCCACCACCACAAGCCAGCACAGACUCCAGCGGUAGUGGUAGCUCACCAGAUGAUGCUGUCGACUCAGCAACACCCAAAGAAAUCUGGCAGGAAAUUGAGGAGACAAAUCUCGAUAAUAUCGACGAAUUUACCGAACUUUUUUCACGGCAGGCCGUGGUGCCCAUUAGCAAGCCGAAAGAGAAAAAAGUAGUACGUGUGAAGGCAAUGAAGGUGCUGGAUAGUAAACGUUCGCAGAACGUCGGUAUUGUGUCCCGGAGUCUGCAUGUUGACUUCUGUGAGAUCGAACACGCCAUCUAUCACGUCGACACAUCGGUGGUUAGUUUGGAAACUUUGCAGCAGAUUAUUAACAUUAAAGCAACAAACGAGGAAUUGGAACUAAUCAAGGACGCAGCACAAAGCGACAUACCGCUAGACUAUCCCGAGCAAUUUCUGCUCAAAAUCUCACAGAUCUCAAUGUCUACGGAGCGCAUAUCAUGCAUCGUCUUCCAAGCUGAGUUCGAAGAGGCCGCCACGGUAAUUACGCGAAAAUUAGAGGUUGUCACACAACUCUCGCAAUAUCUGAUCGAGAGCGAAGACUUAAAGCAUGUAUUCGCUAUAAUAUUGACGCUGGGUAACUAUAUGAACGGUGGCAAUCGACAGAGAGGUCAAGCGGACGGUUUUACAUUGGAGAUUUUAGGCAAACUCAAAGAUGUCAAAUCGAAAGAGUCACAUACAACGUUACUGCACUUCAUCGUGCGUACCUAUAUAAGUAGGCGACGAAAGGAAGGCGUACAGUUGCUAGAAAUGAUAUUACCUAUACCGGAACCCUCGGACGUAGAGCGUGCUGCACAAGUGGAUUUCGAUGAGGUUAAACAGCAAAUAAUGGACCUGCAUAAAAAACUUAAAGCUAAUCAAAAAACGACGGAACGUGUUGUGAGCGCCUCAACCCCCAACACUUUGGAGCCGUUUAAGUCGAAAAUGGAAGAGUUUAUAGAGAGCGCAACCAAAACGAUUGAUAAGCUCAACAAAGACUUGGAUGAAUCACGUUCAACCUUCAUCGAGACAAUGCGUUUUUAUCAUUUUACGCCAAAAUCACGUGCGCUGGAGCAAUGCACACCCGAUCAGUUCUUUGAGUAUUGGACCAAUUUCACGAAUGACUUUAAGGACAUAUGGAAGAAGGAGAUAGCCACAUUGUAUGACGACUUGUUACGCAAGUCGAAACAGAUACAAACACAAUCACGUAAGAAGGUGAAAACGACAAAAGUGACACCAGGCUGCCUUAAGGAACGUAUCUUGCGAUUGAGUAAAAAAUAAAAUUUGUCUCACAGUUCGAAUUUUUUUAUUAGAAUGAGAGCAAAAUUGUUAGAAAUAUAAUUAUUUUACGAAAUCAUUCAUAUAUACAUUAAUAUUGCUCUAAAAGCUUUUUACGCAUUGUAUUUAUUAUAAUUGUAAUAUUAGCUAAGUAGCCUUAUAUAAUGAUUAGCCUUUAGACUAAAUUAAGUUUAUAUAAGAAAUAUUAUUUUUGUUCUUUUUUUAAA